CGGCCGUAUGGGAAAGACCACCGGUGUCACUAUCAAUCAUCCCUUCCAUGGCUCCGCCCAGCGUUGGAGGAGGGCUUGGGCUGCUGUGCAACGCAGUGUCUAAUUCGGCCGAUGAAAAAGCCUGCUUGCUGUACAGUACCCCCUUUGAAUCCUUCCGUAAUGACUAUGGACUCUGUGUUCAUAGCGGUGGCAUGGUUCGCGAAUUACUGGACGACUAUUUUUCCUGAUGCCUGGACUUCUAUAUACUACGGUUAUGUUACUCUCAUGCUUAGUGAGGUCGCUGGACGGGUGUAUUGGAGAAAGAAUCAUCCGUGGCCCGGAUACACUAUAAAUAGGAGUAUCCCUUUGGAUGAGGUAAUAAAAAGUUGGAGCUGCGGGGAAUCGAACCCCGGACCUCUCCCAUGCUAAGGGAAUAUUAUACCACUAAACCACAGCCCCUUUGAU